GCCAAAACCAGGUAACCAAGAGAAAACGAGACAGCGUGAAAAGCCUUGAGGGCGCGUAAUGGGGUUAGCGUGAGACGAACCGGGACUGUUUUUUUCUGCCUUCUUUACCAGUCAAACCAGUAACUCUGGAUAGAGAGCACACAAGUACUGCAACAGUUUUUACCCUUGUGGUCCCUGAUGGCUUCGCACAGUGAUACUCUGGUGGUGUUCUUUGGGGCAACAGCUGGUGCAAAUGGGGGUAAACUGGGGUCGGAUGAAAGGGAAUUAAUUCUCUUGGUGUGGCAAAUUGUGGAUCUACAUGAGAAUAAGGUGGGCAAGCUUCAGCGGACUCUAGUACAGCCGGACAGUGCGGAUCUGUCGGAGCAGUGCAAGGAGGAAACCGGGCUCACGGCGGACGAGCUGUGCAAGGCCGAGCCCCUGGAGAGCUCCUUGCAACAGUUUCAUCAGUCUGUGUCAGCUGAACUGAAGUCUCUGGGCAGAAGCUCCUACACGCUGUGUGUGGACGGACCACUGCUUAUUCGACAGGUGCUGCACCCUGAGGCCUCCAAAAAGAAUCUAGUGCUGCCAGAGUGCUUCUACACAUUUGUGGACUUGAAGAAAGAGUUUCACAAAUGCUGCCCAAACGCAGGCCCUGUCAAAGAUCUCACUCUCACCUCCAUGCUGGACUAUGUGUGUAUUCCAGCAGCAGUGGAGCAGGAGGCCGGACUAAGGGAGGUGAAGAACAUGGUUUUGCUAAUUCUUCAUCUCCUGGAUGAGCCUUACAAUCACAAAUUCUCCACUUUUGAGACCGUAAGCUACAAGUUUGAAUCCGGAGCAUGCAGUAAGACAGAAGCUGUGGACAGUGAGACGGUUAUCAGAGCUCGUGGGUUGCCAUGGCAGUCAUCUGAUCAGGACAUCGCUCGCUUCUUCAAGGGCCUCAACAUUGCCAAAGGUGGCGUUGCGCUGUGUUUAAAUGCUCAGGGCCGGAGGAACGGAGAAGCUUUGGUGCGCUUCAUAAACUCUGAGCACAGAGACAUGGCACUGGAUCGACAUAAACACCACAUGGGCAACAGAUACAUUGAAGUGUAUAAAGCGACUGGAGAGGAAUUUCUAAAGAUUGCAGGAGGCACAUCCAAUGAGGUAGCUCAGUUUCUUUCUAAGGAAAACCAAGUGAUAAUCCGAAUGCGUGGGCUUCCGUUCACUGCUACUCCUCAGGAUGUUCUGGGCUUCCUUGGCCCAGACUGCCCAGUGACUGAUGGGACAGAGGGGCUUCUGUUUGUGAAGUACCCAGACGGACGUCCCACAGGCGACGCGUUUGUUCUCUUUGCCUGCGAGGAAUAUGCCCAGAAUGCCCUGAAGAAGCACAAACAGAUCCUGGGCAAGAGAUAUAUUGAGCUGUUCCGCAGUACUGCAGCUGAGGUCCAACAGGUUUUGAAUCGCUACAUGUCCACUCCAUUGAUCUCCACACUUCCUCCUCCGCCUUCGAUGGUAUCUAUGCCUGUGUUAGCCUCGUCACCCUUCAUCACCACCGGCAGCACGCGAGACUGCAUCAGGCUGAGAGGUCUGCCGUACAUCGCUGCCAUCGAGGACAUCCUGGAGUUUAUGGGAGAACACACCAUUGAUAUCAAACCACAUGGGGUGCACAUGGUCUUUAACCAACAGGGUCGACCCUCUGGUGAUGCCUUCAUUCAGAUGAAGUCAGCUGACCGUGCGUUUAUGGUGGCUCAGAAGUGCCACAAGAAGAUGAUGAAGGACCGUUACGUGGAGGUGUUCCAGUGCUCCACUGAGGAGAUGAGCUUUGUGCUGAUGGGGGGCACGCUUAACCGCAGCGGCCUCUCGCCGCCUCCUUGCAAACUGCCCUGUCUCUCUCCACCAACAUAUGCUGCAUUUUCUGCAAAUCCAGGUAUGCUUCCCACUGAGGCAGCGUUGUAUCAGCCCCCCCUGCUGGCCACUCCAAGAACUCCACAGGGCCCAGCACAUAACCCUGCACCUGCUUUAGCCUACUACUCUCCACAGCUCUACAUGAACAUGAACAUGAGCUACACCACCUACUACCCCAGUCCACCGGUCUCUCCCUCCACGGUGAGUUAUUUUGCGGCCCCGCCGGGUUCAAUAGCAGCAGCGGGUCCUGCCCUCCUUCCCCCUCAGCCCGGGGCACUGGUGCGAAUGCAGGGUCUGCCAUACAACGCUGGGGUCAAAGACAUCCUCAGCUUCUUUCAGGGAUAUCAGCUCCAGGCGGACUCUGUGCUCAUGCUGUAUAACUGGAGUGGUCAGCGCAGUGGGGAGGCACUGGUGACCUUCCCCAGUGAGAAAGCGGCCAGACAGGCUGUAGCCGAAUGCUCCAAUCUUCCCCUCUCCGGCCACCCCAUCCGCCUGGCCUGCUGCGAGUGACCACACACAGACCAUUACACCCCCUGAGGGAGGACCGCACUUCACCUGUCUCACCCCUUUCUCCCUCAUUACCUGUCUUUUGGCUUUCCAGACAGUUGUCCUGUUGUUCUUGACACGAAGUAGGACGGGACCUGACACAGAAGCACUGUAUAUAAGUUUAUAUACACACGGUUAACCAUCUCCGUAGCAUUGCCUCACUGCUUGUGUGUUUGUGUGUGAAAUUGAGAUCAGUGGCAUGCAUGCUAAACUCUUCCUGUGGCUUUUGAUGUCAAGAUCUCUUCUGUCCUAUUUCAAGACUUAAAGUAAAGGUUAUGGAACACGAGGUCUUCCUGUUGUUAUAAACACAGCUGGGCAGUCCAGUCAGGCUGCAGUCCUUGCCUUACACUAGGGAACCAAAGUGCAAUGCAAUACUUUUUUGCCGUUCUGGAUAAAGGAAUAUUUUGAAAUAGUGAGAUUGUAAGAAACCAAAUAUAUGCUUUGAGACCGUUAUGUUGCACAUAGGAUUAAAAAAGGGCAUAAUGGUUUUUCCCCAGUGUACCUCUGCACUGUUUGGACUUACAGCCUUCAGACUUAUUCCUUAUUUAAUAGAGAUCAGACCAAGUAUGUACUCCAUAGACUUGCAUGAACUGAUUUUUAGUUAAAUCCAUUUGAAAUUGAAUCAUUUUUUUUAUUUAAAGUAAAAGAGUUGUUUGUGUGAUCUACAUUCAGUAAUGCUUGUUCUUUAUAUGAAUUACAUCGAUAGAGGUGUGUAUUCUGUUGCCCCCAGAGUCCUGUGAGAAUGUGCAGACUGAACUUUGCCGAGGUCUUACCUUGUUUUGGACUUUAUAAUGAUUUGAAAUGCGGUCUAUGUAUGUUCUUUUCUACUGCUACCAGACUGCUUUAAUCAUGAGCUUCAUUUUUUCCCCCAUGACUACAUUACCUGGAGUGCAAUACAAGGCUGAACAAAAUAUCACACCUCUCUGGUGAAAGAAGGGGCCUUUUUCCCCCAAAAAUGUAUGAAAUGUUUAUGUAUGUGUGUAAAGAAAUGUGACUCUUAGAUGCAACAAAUAAAUUGAUAUUUCUCUGACAUC